AUGUGGGCCAUUCGUCCAUUCUUCGGAUUCGUUUGUCUAUCUUUCUCAGUUCUUUCACUCGCUGACAAUGUUCCACCGACAACCCAAACGGAAGAUAAUUUUCCGAGCAAGAUUGAACCAAAAGUCUUCAUUUUCAGUAUGUUUGAGGGCGAAGCACAACCGUGGUAUCAUAUCCCCGAGUUCAAUGUCCUGGCUCGCAACAUUACAGUACCCGGACUCUCGCCUCUAUUUCCACAGGCCCACUGCACUGCAGACGGCUCUAUCUGCCAAUUGACUACAGGCGAGGGAGAGAUCAACGCCGUUGCCUCCAUUUCCUCCCUCAUCCAUUCAUCAACAUUCGAUCUGACUCAUACAUACAUCCUCAUUGCUGGGAUCGCUGGUGGCAACCCAAAGUUGGUCACGACGGGAUCAGUAACAUUCGCACGUUAUGCUGUUCAGGUGGGAUUACAACACGAGAUUGACGCGAGGGAAAUUCCUUCCUCUUUUACGACCGGAUACUUUGGGCAGGGUACUACCGCUCCAGGUCAAUAUCCUGCCGUACGUUACGGUACCGAAGUAUUCGAAGUAAACGACGCACUUCGUCGGAUCGCGUUUGGUUUUGCUCAGAAAGCCAACUUGAGCGAUUCUCAAGAGGCCCAAGCUUACAGGUCGAAUUAUAACACGUCGGCACUGUUUUCUGCUGCCACCAAACGCCCAAGCUUGGUUCUAUGCGAUACAGGGACUUCAGACAACUUCUGGGCUGGUGAACUGCUUGCCGAAGCGUUUGAAAACACGACGACGUUAUGGACGAAUGGGACUGGAGUGUACUGCUCAACCCAGCAGGAAGAUAACGCAACUCUCGAAGGUCUCAUGCGCGGGAGUAUUUCUGGCUUGGUCGAUUUCUCCCGUGUGAUGAUCAUGCGAGCCAUCUCUGAUUUCGAUCGGCAGUUUCCUGGUCAAAGCGCUGCGGACAGUCUGUUCGUUGCCUUUAACGAGGGUGGAUUCGAAACUUCUCUGACGAAUCUCUAUCGAACGGGUAUUCAUAUCGUGCAGGGGAUUGUUAGUGACUGGGAUCAUUUCAGGUUCGGUGUCAAGCCGGAUAACUACAUUGGUGAUAUAUUUGGUUCUUUGGGAGGUCAGCCUGAUUUCGGUCCGGGAAAUGUCUUUGGUGGUGGAAAAGCUCUUUCGGUUAGGCGACGAGGUAUUCGAAUCUAG